CACUUCACACAGAGCUGUGUCGUGGGGCUGGUGCUGCCAUGGAAGCAGUACCUGCCUUGGGAUACACAUUUCCCACCCCUGGAGGCAGGGAACAGGACUGGUGUACAUGGAUCCCCCAGCACCUCCUCCACUGGCUGCGAGUCUGGCUUUGGAGCAGAGCUGCUCUGUGCCCACUGUCCCCAAGGCCUGGCUCUCCUGUGCUCCCUCUGGUGAGCUGGGACUGGGCUUCAUCCCAUGGCUGCUGCAGCUGGGGCCGGUGCUGUUGGAGUGGAAAUCUGCCCGCGUGUGUCAGCCCAGCCCUGAGCUUUGCACACACAGCCCAGCUGUGGCUCUGCACUGUCCCCAUGGGGACACAGAUCCACACUGGCAGCUCCUCGUGGGAGCCACCAGAGGGAAAGUGCUGGGACAGGCACCGGGAAUUCUCCAUCCCCUCCCUCCCUGUCCUCCCUCGUGGUACGCUGACCCUGCCGGGACCAUCCUGCUUCCCUCUGGGGUACGGAGCCUUCUCCCUGCUCCCCGGCAUCACCACCCCACCCAGCUGUGCACAUCUGGGACCAAAAUCUCUGGUGUGCAGCCAGAGCCCCCCAGCCUCGCCUGCUGCUUGCACGAGGAGAGCUUGGCAGUGCCUGGUAGGUAGUGGGUCUACCUAGGAUUUGGGGACCAGUAAGUGACCAAACUGCACCACUAACCACUUCUUCCUUACAAAGCAUUCCCGUGCCCUGGAAUCUGUACAUACGUGACUCUCUCAUUUCUCAUCCUGCCGUUAGGACACUCGUACAAAUACCACUCGUGCUCUGAAAUGGAACCAAUAAAUUAUGUUGUAUUUACACAGCA